UCAGGCAAAACUCGUGAGCACCGCGGUAUCAAUAGCAGUGGCAGCAAGAGCAACAGCAAGAUCGACGAAACAAAACGUCCAUUUUCUUUGUUCUGGUUCUGUUUGUGAGACAACGCUGCAACAAUGGUGGUUUUCCUUUCGCACCGACUGCGGUCGAUCGCUCUGCUGGCGGCCGUUCUCUGCGCCACGGAAAAUAACAACGACAACAACAACGCACUGCUGGUUCGAACACAAGUGGCGGAAGCCUUUUCCGCACCGGUGGUCCUCUCCUCCCGGAAUGGGCGGCUGUCUUCGUCCUCGGCGUUUACCGGAAGGCUGUCGGUAGACAAUGCAGGCGAAACCAAGCUGGCGUUGCAGAGGCGAACACGAACACGAAGAGCCGCGGGAACUGCAGCUGAAUCGAGCACAAAAACCCGGCUUUCCAUGGCCAUCGACCGCAUGUCCAACGAUUGCGUGGCCGCCAUCCAAAAGGCCCACGAAAUCGGGAAAUCCAUCGGACUCAAAACACUGCGAAACGAAAUCAUUUUCGUGGGCAUCGUCGCCAAUCCCGAACGCGCGGCAAGGACCCUCCAGCGAUACAAACUCGACGACCUGGACGAGAUCGAAAUGUCGGCGGUCAAGACGCUCAAGUUCAAGAAGGAGGACCUGGAUCCGGACCCGGGCUUCAACGGAGACAACCUCAACGAACCGCUUCCCUUUUCGGAGGAAGCCCGCAUCAUUCUCACAAAGGCCUGCACUAUUGCCGAUCGCCUCGAGGCUCCCAACGGAGCCGUCCGAUCGGAGCACGUGCUCCUGGCACUGCUGGGAUACGACAGCGGAAAAAAAAUCGAGACCGUUCCCGUGAUGGACCUCCUGAGAACGAUCCCGGCGCUGAAAAAGGUCAACAAGGAAACCGGGGGAUUCACCGUCACCCAGUUUUGUUCGGACUUAGUCAACGCUCUCCCCAUGACGCCCAUCUCCGGUGCCGGAGAAGACCUGGUUGUGAAGGACACCGUGGUGGUAGGUGGCAGCCAGGCCGCGGCAGGAUCCACUACCACGCUGAACGAUGUGGGGGUCGACAUGACGCAGAUGGCCAUGGACGGAAAGUUUGACAUGGUCUUUGGACGGGACAAAGAAAUCCGGAGUGCGCUGAGAACACUGGGCCGCCGUCGGAAGAACAAUCCUUGUUUGAUCGGUGAUCCGGGUGUAGGAAAGGUACGUACGGGGACACCACGGGGUUUCGCUCGUUUUUGGAGGGUAUGAUUGUUGUUUUCUGCAUUGUUUGUGCAUUGUUUGUGCAUUGUUUGUGCAUUGUGGCAUUGUGUUGUCGUGGUUCGCUGGUUGGUUCCUUGGUUCCCGAAUACCACUCAGCUGUUCAUACCGAUGAUUCUUUGUGUUUGGUGUACGCAACAACCUCUUCCACCACAGACUGCCAUCGCCGAAGGCGUGGCACAAGUCCUGGCGAAUGGACUGAAGGAGAUGCAAAACGCCCAAAAAGCGAGCAAUCCCAUAUCCAAGCUAGGAAGCAAAAUCGGUGACUUUGUGAGCGGGGGCAACAAGGGCUCCUCGGCAAACGGAGCAUCUUCGACUGCCGAAACUGUUGGUGAAGGCGGCGACGAGGAGUUUGUGUAUGAUCUCCCACCGUGUCCUGCGUCUCUUGUGGGUGCUCGUGUCAUCAGCAUCGAUCUGGCGGGGCUCGUGGCCGGAACCAGCAACCGUGGUGACUUUGAAAAGAAGAUGAAGAAUCUGAUCAAGGAGGCUUCGGAACAAAACGUCAUUUUGUUCGUCGACGAAGUCCACAACCUCAUCGGGACAGGAGGUGGAGGCGACGGCGCCAUGAACGCCGCGAAUCUAUUGAAGCCAGCAUUAGGUACGAAGAAAAAUUGCAGUGUUUCGUCAGAUAAUCCUGCCCCUUCGUUUACACAACACCACUCUGCUGUUCGAACCCUGGAGGCACAACAGCUGACUUGCAUCUAACAUAUUAUAUACUAUAUAUAUAUAUAUAUUUUUUUUUUUUCCCCUUCUGGUUGCUCUCUUUUCAGCACGAGGCGAACUGCGUUUGAUGGGGGCUACUACAACACCCGAAUACAGAAAGUACAUCGAAAAGGAUGGCGCCCUCGAGAGACGAUUUCAGCCUCUAAGUGUGAAAGAGCCGACGGUUUACGAGACGCUCGACAUCCUGGGAGCUAUUUCUCCGAAAUACGAGGACUUCCAUGGCGUCAAAUACACAUACAACGGGCUUGUUGCCGCAGCCAAACUCUCCAACCGAUACAUCAACGAUCGGUUUUUGCCAGAUAAAGCGAUCGACAUGAUCGACGAAGCCGGGUCAAUGGUGAAGAUGGCGGAGGACGGCGAAUCCUACUAUGUCACGGAAGACUCGAUUCAAGCUGUGGUUGCCGAACUUACGGGAAUUCCCGUAGGAAAGCUCGACACCGGCGAGAAGGCACGGCUGAAGAAUCUUGAAGAGGAACUCGAGAAGAGAAUCAAGGGCCAAAGUCCGGCCGUCAGAUCUGUUGCGAAAUCCAUUCGCCGAGCACGAAGUGGCAUGCGAGACGGAAAGCGACCGGUUGCCAGUCUUUUGUUCUGCGGUCCAACCGGUGUUGGAAAGGUGAGAUGGAAUAGCGCGACUGCACGAUGUUGAGUUGCAUUUUUGUGAAUCCAAGGUUGUCUCGGAGGUAAAUACUAAUUGUUUUUCACCGUUACUGCUGCUGCCGCGUCUUGCAUAGACCGAACUCUGCAAAGCACUUGCGGAGACAUAUUACGGACAAGAAAAAAGCAUGGUUCGUAUCGACAUGAGUGAAUACAUGGAUCGAUUUUCGACCAGUCGUUUGAUUGGCGCCCCGCCGGGUUACGUUGGUUACGAAGAAGGGGGCCAGUUGACCGAAGCGGUGCGAAGAAGCCCGCAUUCGGUGAUUCUUUUCGAUGAGUUGGAGAAGGCACACGAGGAUGUUCUCAACCUGUUGCUUCAAGUGAUGGAUGAAGGUACACUGACCGAUGGAAAGGGUCGCACCGUAAGCUUCAAGAACAAUAUUUUCGUCAUGACCUCCAACAUUGGCAGCAAAAACAUUGUCGAGGCCGCUAGAUCCAUGUCACAGGAAGUGGAGGAUGAAUCCCAACUAACCUCAGACGUUGUGAAGGGUGCACUAGAAGAAGCAAUGCGACCCGAAUUUUUGAACCGAAUAGACGAAAUCAUUGUCUUUUCUCCCUUGCCGUACGACCAGCUCAAGGCCAUUGCCAGAAACCUCAUCGACAACACAGUCAAGCGUGUCGCCGAUGACUCGAGCAUCACGCUGACCGUUUCCGACAACAUUGCCGAAGUCGUAACCAGAGAAGCUCUCGGAGGUGCAAGCACGUAUGGUGCCAGACCUAUCCGCCGCGCGGUGCAAAGAUACCUAGAGGAUACCAUGGCCGAGGCAAUCAUGAGCGAUUUUAUCCAGGAAGGAGAUUCGGCGAAGGUGAACUUGAAAGAUCCUAACUCGGGCAAAUACGUUGUCGAAAUUGAAAGGGAACUCGAUGGAGAGAGCUUCCUGAUUGACGUCGACGAAGACGCUGGUAUCAGCAAAGAGAGUCUUGAUUAUAGUGCAGCUUAUGGCGAGGUACCUAAUCUGGAUGAACCUCCAGAGCAAGAACCGGGUGCCUUCCAGUAAGCCGGUCAAGUGAACGCCCUCUUGGAGUCAUCCGUGAUGAGAAAAAAAAUUAUAAUGAUCAA